ACUCCGCUCGCCUCCAAAACCACACCGCGCCGCGCUCGCGCUCUCGCUCUCCUCCUCGCUCUCGCUCUCUCGAUCGAUCGAAUCGAUUCCCCUCUCCCGAAUCAUCCCCUCCUCCUCUCGAUCCCCUCUCCUCUCCCCUCCCCGCCGCACGAAACCCUAGCAACCACCGCGCCCGCGCAAGCCAAGAUGCCUCUUCCCCGCCGCGCCGCCACCGUGAGGAUCCGCCGCGGCCAGAUCCACCGCGUCACCGCCAUGCCACCGCCGCCGCAGCAAGCCCCGGAGCCGGCCGGGCUGCAACUGCUGCUGCAGCCGGAGGUGGUGGCGCCGAACCACCCGCCGCCCGCUCCACCGGCGCCGGCGGCGGUGCCCGCGCCGCCGCAGCCGCAGGGGGAGGCGAGGUACCGUAGGCCGCUGGUGCGGCUGCAGGCCGUCCCCAACGAGGACCACGUCCCCGACAACUACGGCGACGGCCCCGACGAGCUCGGGAUCACGCCGGCGGUGUACCAGGCGCUGGAGCGCCACCUGCCGCCGGAUCUCGCCGGCGCCCCCGCCGAGGUGAAGCGCUACUUCAUGCGCAGCGUCCUCCGCAACUACGUCCCCUCGCCGUCGCAGCGGAUCAGGACGCAGAAUCAGAGGGAGUACAGGGAAAGGAUCUUGUCCGCAUACCAGCCAUUACAUCCGGAGCUGUACACAAAUGAUCCAUCAACUUUCAUCCUACCGGCAUUUCUUCAAGCCAUAAAUGGCAACACCGAAGAAAGCAUCACAAGCAUAAUGAUGGAGCCAGCACCGGGAGUGUUUGCAUUUCCUAUGCUGAAGCCCUCAUUCUGCCAGAUGUUAAUGUCAGAGGUGAACAAUUUUUUGAGGUGGGCACAAUCAGCGAAUCAAAGGAUAAUGAGACCAACAUCCUUAGAUAGGCAUGGGAGAGGUGCUGCCCUCUCUGAUUUUGGCUUGCAAGAGAUGUUAGACAAUCUGAUGAAGGAUUUCAUCUCACCAAUGUCUACAGUUCUUUUCCCUGAAGUUGGCGGCAAUACACUGGACUCCCACCAUACAUUCGUUCUUGAGUAUGGUGAGGCUGAUGGUGCUAGAGGUUUCCAUGUGGAUGAUAGUGAGGUAACACUAAAUAUCUGCCUUGGCAAACACUUCACUGGCGCUGACAUGUACUUCCGUGGUAUACGUUGUGGAAAUCAUGUUAAUUCAGGAACACAUGAUGAGGAGUAUUUUGUACAUCCCAACGUGCCCGGACAAGUCCUGCUGCAUCAUGGUAGUCACAGGCAUGGUGUCUUCUCAGUAACAUCUGGACGGAGGGUUAACAUGGUCAUGUGGUGCAAAAGCUCAGUGUUCAGGGAGAUGAAGAAAUUCAUGACUGAUUUUUCUGGGUUUUGUUGCGAGUGCCAGUUUCAGAGGACGGCAAGACAGGUGCAACAUCUUCAGGAAUUGACGGCUCGUAUCUCUAUCAGCGGACAGGAGUCAGAAGACGAAACUCCUUAAUUAAUAUCUGUCCGAUCGAGUUGGCCGGCCAACCAGUUCCUGAACAAUUAUGAACAGUGAACAGUGAAUAAUUAAGAACAUGUUGUUAUGUAUUGCAUGCUAUACCGAAUUUACUAGUGUUUUCAAUGUAUGUUUGUAUGAACCUAGCUACUGGUUCAUUGAAAACUUGCUGCAACUGACUCGAUUGGAGCUCAGGAUUAAACAACUUAGCCGGUUAGAGCCUAUGCUUGGUUAAUUUUCA